AUUGUUCAGCUCCCAAACCCAGAAGCCAUCCUCGAUUCAGCUCUUUUCUUCAUUGAUCUACGAUCCAGCCCUUCAACAAGUCCUAUUGGUUCAACUUCCAGAAUAGAUACCAAAUUCACCCAUUUGUCUCCAUUGCCAUUGCUACCACCCUAGGACAAGCCAACAUCAUCUCUCUCCUGGACUACUUCCUAACUGAUCUCUGUGUUUGCUUCCUCUCCUCCAUACCCAGUUCCUCACAAAACAGCCAGAUUAAUCUUUUAAAAAUGUAAAUCUCACCAGGACACUUCCUUGCUUGUUAGGUUCUUUGAUGAAAUUGUAAUUCUUUACCAUUACCUAUAAAACCCUACAUGAUCUGUCCCCUGCUCCCUUUUAAACCCCAACACAUUUCAUUCUCUCCCACAUUCACUGUACUACACUGGGUCUUUGCACUUACUGAUCUGCCUGGAAUGUCUUUCCUCCACAGAAAGGCAAUUGAGUAGGGUGGUUAAGAGCAAGAACUCUAGAGUCAAAUUGGUUUCAAAUCCCAGCUGUGCCACUUACUAGCUUUUUGACUUAGAGUACUUAAUUGCUGUACUUUGGUUUCCUUAUCUGUAAAAUGGGGGAUAAAAAUAGUACUAUCUCAUAGGGUAAUUGUGAGGAUUAAAUGCAUUGAUAUACGUAAAAUGUUUCAGACAGUGCCUGGCAUAUUAUAGUAUUCUGUAAGUGUUUUUUUUUUUUUUUUUUAAAGUUUAUUUAUUUUUUGGCUGUGUUGGGUCUUUGUGGCUGCACGUGGGCUUUCUCUAGCUGUGGCGAGUGGGGGCCCCUCUUAAUUGCAGUGCGCAGGCUUCUCAUUGCGGUGGCUUCUCUCGUUGUGGAGCACGGGCUCUAGGCAUGCAGGCUUCAGUAGUUGUGGCACGCAGGCUCAGUAGUUGUGGCACACGGGCUUAGUUGCUCCGCGGCAUGUGGGAUCUUCCCGGACCAGGGCUUGAACCCGUGUCCCCUGCCUUGGCAGGCGGAUUCUUAACCACUGUGCCACCAGGGAAGCCCCUGUAAGUGUUUGCUAUUACCUGAAUUUUAAAAAAUUGAGAUAGAAUUGACAUUUUAGUUUCAGGUGUAUAAUAUAGUGAUUCGUAUUUGUAUAUAUUGUGAAAUGAUUACAGUAAGUCUAGUUAAUAUCCAUCACCAUACAUAGCUACAUUUUUUUCUUGUGAUGGGAACUUUUAAGAUCUACUCUCAGCAACUUUCAAGUAUACAAUACUUGCAAGUAUACAAUACAGUAUUAUUUACUAUAGUCACUAUGGUGUACAUUACAUCUCCAUGACAUUUAUUUUGUAACUGGAGGUUUGUACCUUUUGACCCUCCUCACCCAUUUUACCCACCCCCACCCCCUGCCUCUGGCAACCACUGUCUGAAUUUUUUUACAUGUGCUGUUUCCUGUUCAUUCAAGUCUCAGCUCAAGUGUCACCUUCUCAGACAAGUCUUCCCUCAUCACUCUAUCUAAAAUAGUACUCAAACUCUCCAUUGUUACUGUUUUAUUAGUGUUUUAUUGUCUAUGUGGCAUUUGAUGUUAUCUGAAAUAACUUUUUAAAAUGUAAGCUCUGUAAGAGCAAGGAUCUUGUCUGUCUGCUUCAUUGUUUGUAUUCCCUGAGCCUAGGAUAGAACUUGGUGCCUAACCAAAGCUCCAGAAUUUGUGUUGAAUAAAUGAAUGAAUAAAAAUAUAUUCUGGCAGGGAAUUCCCUGGUGGUCCAGUGGUUAGGACUCGGCACUUUCACUGCCAAGGGCCUGGGUUCAAUCCCUGGUCGGGGAACUAAGAUCCCACAAACCACACAGCUCGGCCAAAAAAAAAAAAAAAACAACCCCAACAUUCUGACAUAUAUAAUGUCUGGCACAUCUAACGGUAGGUUACUAGAUGGUAACACAAAUACUGGGUGUCAGUCACUGUGGUGUUGAGGACGCAGAUGUGAAGCCACCAUCCCUGCCCUUUAGUUGAGUGGAGGAAACAGACACAUAAAUAAGUGGGGACACUGCUAAAAGGAGAGGUGUGUCCAGAAUGCAAUUUGGGCUCAGAGGAAGGAGGGGGAGGCUAGAGCAGGUUUCAGAGAAGAGAUGACAGCCAAUGGGUAGAGGCGCCUGCUAGUUGCAGCCAGUGGCCAUGUGUUGAGUGGGGCGGGGAAGAAUGGGAAGAGUAGUAGCCUGUUGAUUGCUUCUCCCUUUCCCCUACAGGAAUUUUUCACAGACAACCUAUGGGGCACACUCCCUUGCUCGUGGCAGGAAGCCCUGGAUGGACUGAACCCGCCACAGCUGGCCACACUGCUGCUGGGGAUGCCUGGGGAAGGGGAAGUGGCCAGACCCCCUCAGAGUUCCUGGAGAACCCCAGCCAGAGUUCCCGACUGACAGCUCCAUUCCGGAAACAUGUCAGGCCCAAGAAGCAGCAUGAGAUUCGGAGGCUGGGAGAGUUGGUGAAGAAGCUGAGUGACCUCACAGGCUGCACCCAAGUUGUGGAUGUAGGCUCAGGCCAGGGCCAUCUCUCCCGCUUCAUGUCCUUGGGGCUGGGGCUGAUGGUGAAGAGCAUUGAAGGGGAUCAGAGACUGGUGGAGAGAGCCCAGCGCCUAGACCAGGAGCUCCUGCAGGCUCUGCAGAAAGAGGAGAAGCGGAACCCACAGGUGGUCCACACUGGCCCUCGCCACCGCCCCCACCACGUGGUUAGGUGGGUAGACCCCACGGCCCUGUGUGAGGAGCUUCUGCUUCCAGUGGAGAACUCACCUCAGAGUGAGGCCCGCUUGCUGCUGACAGGCCUCCAUGCCUGUGGGGAUCUGAGUGUUGCCUUGCUGAGGCACUUCUCCUGCUGCCCCGAGGUGGCGGCCCUGGCCUCAGUGGGCUGCUGUUACAUGAAGCUGAGUGACCCCGGUGGCUACCCACUGAGUCAGUGGGUGGCUGGGCUGCCUGGCCGUGAACUGCCCUACAGGCUACGGGAGGGGGCCUGCCACGCCCUGGAGGAAUACGCUGAGCGGCUGCAGAAAGCAGGCCCUGGCCUCCGAACCCACUGCUACCGGGCAGCACUGGAGACGGUCAUCCGGCGUGCCCGGCCCGAGCUCCGUCGGCCAGGCGUGCAGGGGAUCCCCAGGGUCCACGAGCUCAAGAUUGAAGAAUACGUGCAGCGGGGGCUACAGCGGGUGGGGCUUGACCCCCACCUGCCACUGAAUCUGGCUGCCCUUCGGGCCCACCAGGCCCAGGAGAACCGUGUGGUGGCCUUCUUCAGCCUGGCCCUGCUGCUGGCCCCGCUGGUGGAGACACUGAUUCUACUGGACCGGCUGCUCUACCUUCAGGAGCAGGGCUUCCAUGCUGAGCUUCUGCCCAUCUUCAGCCCCGAACUCUCUCCGAGAAACCUGGUUCUGGUGGCCACCAAAAGGCCUCUGGGUGAGACCUUCUCUGUUCUGGAGACUGAAGACAGCUGACACAGCCUGAGGAAGGGCAUAUCUCCGACCCCAUCUGUAACUGCCAGGUACCACACUGGGUGGCGGAGUCUUCACCUCCUCAGCCAGAGAACCAGCAUCCUCCGUGGAAUCCUGGUUCCCUACAAACCUUCAGCUUCAUACCCUUUCUCUCCCUCUGUGUGUUAUGUAAUAUUAUGCAAAAACUUAUUUUUAAUUUAUUAAAAAAUUGAAAUCUUUA